AUAAAAUCCAUUCGUAAGGACAAAAUUAAGGACGAACAAGAUAUGGUUCACAUCAGACGGGAGAUUGAGAUCAUGUCAUCCCUCAGCCACCCUCAUAUCAUCACCAUAUAUGAAGUGUUUGAAAAUAAAGAUAAGAUUGUGAUCAUCAUGGAGUAUGCAAGUAAAGGAGAGUUGUAUGAUUACAUCAGCGAGAGGCGGCGACUGAGCGAAAGAGAGACAAGACACUUCUUUCGACAAAUAGUCUCUGCUGUACAUUACUGCCACAAGAACGGUGUUGUCCACAGGGACCUAAAAUUGGAAAACAUCCUGCUUGAUGACAAUUUUAAUAUUAAGAUUGCCGAUUUUGGACUCUCCAACCUUUAUCACAAAGACAAGUUUCUGCAGACCUUUUGCGGAAGCCCACUCUAUGCUUCCCCUGAAAUAGUUAAUGGACGACCUUACAGAGGCCCAGAGGUUGACAGCUGGGCCCUUGGUGUAUUGCUUUACACUCUGGUUUAUGGAACGAUGCCCUUUGAUGGCUUCGAUCACAAAAAUCUCAUCAGGCAGAUCAGCAGUGGAGAAUAUCGUGAGCCAACACAGACCUCAGAUGCUCGUGGUCUUAUCCGAUGGAUGCUGAUGGUAAACCCUGAACGCCGAGCAACCAUUGAAGACAUUGCCAACCACUGGUGGGUUAACUGGGGCUACAAGAGUAGUGUUUGUGACUGUGAUGCCAUGAGGGACUCCGAGUCCCCACUGCUGGCAAGGUUCAUUGAUUGGCAUCACCGAUCUACUGGCCUCCAACCAGAGACUGAUACCAAAAUGAAGUGCCUUUCUAAGCCCAAAGGUCCUGAAGUCACACUAGAGAGACAAAGGUCUCUGAAAAAAUCAAAAAAGGAAAAUGACAUUGCACAGUCCAUCCAGGAAGGAGGAGUUGAAAAUGCAUCCAAACCCAUCUCCAAGAGACCCAAAGGCAUCCUGAAGAAAAGGAGCAACAGUGAACAUCGAUCUCACAGUGCAGGUUUCAUUGAAGGAGUGGUCAGCCCAGUGUUACCCUCUGCUUUUAAGCUGGAGCAAGAGUUGUGUAGGACUGGCGUAGCCAUUAAAAGUGUUGUGGAGGGAGAGGUAGCGGGCAAAUAUGGCACUAAGCAGUCUUCACUAAUGCCAAAAAAAGGAAUCUUAAAGAAGACUCAGCAGAGGGAGUCUGGCUAUUACUCCUCUCCAGAACGAAGCGAAUCUUCUGAACUCUUGGACAAUAAUGAUGAGACAGUAAACAGUGACAUUUCUCCAGGGGUCACAGAGCCAUCCAGAAAUGGGUCUUACAGCCAUUCCUGCAGGCGUAAGGGCAUCUUGAAACAUAACAGCAAGUAUUCUACCAGCAGCACUGAAUCUGCUUUGAUUAGCCCUGACACACCAACGCUGGAGGCCAUGGAAGAAGUUGUCCUGCCUGGGGAUGCAUUACCUCGAAGUUACAGUCGUCCUUCCAGUGUGAUUAGUGAUGACAGUAUUUUGUCCAGUGACUCCUUUGACUUGCUGGAUUUGCAAGAGAACAGGCCAAACAGACAGAGGAUACGGAGCUGUGUCUCUGCUGAAAAUUUCCUCCAGAUCCAAGACUUCGAAGGACUUCAGAACCGCCCACGGCCACAGUAUCUAAAACGUUAUCGCAACCGUCUGGGGGACAGCAGUUUUUCCCUUCUCACAGACAUGGAUGAUGUGACUCAGGUCUACAAGAAAGCCCUAGAGAUCUGCAACAAGCUCAACUAG